AUGACGUAUCAGCCGAGUAUCGCUGCCCUGUACUAUCGCUUGACGACGUAUCAGCCGAGUAUCGCUGCCCUGUACUAUCGCUUGACGACGUAUCAGCCGAGUAUCGCUGCCCUGUACUAUCACAUGACGACGUAUCAGCCGAGUAUCGCUGCCCUGUACUAUCACUUGAUGACGUAUCACCCGAGUAUCGCUGCCCUGUACUAUCGCUUGAUGACGUAUCACCCGAAUAUCGCUGCCCUGUACUAUCGCAUGAUGACGUAUCACCCGAGUAUCGCUGCCCUGUACUAUCGCUUGAUGACGUAUCACCCGAGUAUCGCUGCCCUGUACUAUCACAUGAUGACGUAUCACCCGAGUAUCGCUGCCCUGUACUAUCACUUGAUGACGUAUCACCCGAGUAUCGCUGCCCUGUACUAUCGCUUGAUGACGUAUCACCCGAAUAUCGCUGCCCUGUACUAUCGCAUGAUGACGUAUCACCCGAGUAUCGCUGCCCUGCACUAUCACUUGAUGACGUAUCACCCGAGUAUCGCUGCCCUGUACUAUCGCUUGAUGACGUAUCACCCGAGUAUCGCUGCCCUGUACUAUCGCUUGAUGACGUAUCACCCGAAUAUCGCUGCCCUGUACUAUCGCAUGAUGACGUAUCACCCGAGUAUCGCUGCCCUGCACUAUCACUUGAUGACGUAUCACCCGAGUAUCGCUGCCCUGUACUAUCGCUUGAUGACGUAUCACCCGAGUAUCGCUGCCCUGUACUAUCGCUUGAUGACGUAUCACCCGAAUAUCGCUGCCCUGUACUAUCACUUGAUGACGUAUCACCCGAGUAUCGCUGCCCUGUACUAUCGCAUGAUGACGUAUCACCCGAGUAUCGCUGCCCUGUACUAUCACUUGAUGACGUAUCACCCGAGUAUCGCUGCCCUGUACUAUCGCUUGAUGACGUAUCACCCGAGUAUCGCUGCCCUGUACUAUCACUUGAUGACGUAUCACCCGAGUAUCGCUGCCCUGUACUAUCGCUUGAUGACGUAUCACCCGAAUAUCGCUGCCCUGUACUAUCGCAUGAUGACGUUUCAGCCGAGUAUCGUUUCCCGCCACGCCGCGUCGUCUCGACCAGUGAAAGGGACAGCUAGCAGACGACAUCACAAAGAGCUGUAG